AUGAAUCGUCUAUUGUAUUACGGAAGUGUUGAAUCCAUCCCAUUCUACAAUUGCUCCUGGAAAUCUCAAUCCGAAUGGUUGGAAACAGGACUGAAACGACCCCUACUGGGUUAUCCGAUUACUGUAUUCGGAGUGUUCAUUGAGUUACUGUACCCACCGAUUCUCUAUAUUAUAUUCAAGACUAAACUGAUCAGACAUGCGUGUUAUAAGAUUAUUGUGAUGUUGGCACUGGUGGAUAUGACUGCUACAGCAUGCAGUUGUCUCAUCAGUGGACCACUUUUCAUCAAAGGAGCUGUCUUUUGUGCGUACCCAGAGUUCAUUUAUGUCACUGGAAUGUUUGUGUUAACCACUUGGUGCACUUCUUGUGCCUGCACUCUCCUCCUCUUCAUCAACCGAAUCGUCUUCAUCACUCUCCCCGAAUACUCCCACAUUAUCGACGGGAAACUCGCCUAUCUAUCCAUAUUCCUCAUCGUAAUUUACUUCAUUUUCUGGUUCUUCUUCACCCCAACAGUAUGCUUCAACUCGAUUGGAAUGGCAUGGUUCCCUGAUCCAUUGGCUAUGGAGACUCCUACGGAAGAGGCGACGGACUACUAUCGGAAUACUCCUCAAGCAUGGAAUAGGUAA